AUGAGGCUGUACGUUUGCUUGCUGGAGGGGAGAGACUUACCGGCGAAGGAUUUUUGUUACGUGAAGCUGCAGGUCGGAAAGUGUAAGUCGAGGAGCAGGGUUUUGAGGAGCGGGGAGAAGUUGAUUUGGAACGAGGAGUUCUUCUUCAGGGUGCACGAUUUGGAGGACGAGCUCGUGGUGUCCGUGUGCAGGCACGACGGCGAUCGCGAGCAGCACGGGAUUUUCGGUGCCUCCUCCGGGGACUGCGUGGGUCGGGUCAGAGUUCCGAUUUGGUCCGUUGUGGCGGAGGAGAAUCAUAAUCUGCCCCCGACUUGGUUUUCAGUUGAGAGGCCUAAGAGUGCGAAAUCAAUCAACAGGGACUGUGGGAAACUUCUUCUUGCUCUAUCCCUGCAUGGAAAAGAUUACACUUCAGCUGAAGCUAGUCCUUCGUUGUAUUCAGAAGGUAAAGUCGGUCCGUCUCAUGAUACCCAAGUUCAUGCACCUGAUUCCACAUCCAAAAAGACACUUGAUGGGAAACACUUGAUGAAGGCACUCGCUGGCCGUAUGGAAAAAUUCCUAAACAAAAAGGAUGAAACAUCCCGUAAUGAAAGUCCAUCAGAGUUAUCUACUCCAUCCGAUUACGAAGAUUGCCAAAUGGAGCUACCCAGCACCUCCAGUUUCCAGGAAUUGAUGGAGCUCUUGCAAUCCAAGAAUGAAAAUGUACAAGUGCCUGAUAAUCUCCAAGGUGGCAUCCUAAUCGACCAGACAUAUGAAGUUUCACCAAAGGAUCUAAAUAUGGUUAUAUUUGCUCCCAAUUCCGAGUUCAAGAUGAAUUUAGCUGACUUGCAAGGGAUGACUGAAUUGCAAGAAAGCCCUUGGAAAUGGGAAUCGGAAGGUUUGAGAAGAGUUGUUACAUAUAUAAAAGCAGCAACCAAAUUAGUGAAGGCUGUUAGAGCCACCGAGGAGCAAACAUAUGUUAAGGCAAACGGUAAUGAAUUUGUCGUUCUUGUUAGCGUGAGCACACCAGAUGUCCCGUACGGAAACACUUUUAAAGUUCAAUUGCUUUAUAAGAUAAUGCCAGGUGUUAUGUUAUCAUCCGAAAACCAGUUUGCUCGUCUUGUCGUGUCAUUUUCUGUCAACUUUAGUCAAAGCACGAUGAUGAAAGGGGUGAUCGAGAGUGGAGCCAAGCAGGGACUGAAAGAAAGUUUCGAUCAAUUCUCAGGCUUGUUGUCUCAAAAGUUCAAAGUUGUCAAAGCUAGUUCGGACAAAGAACAGGUGUUGGCGACUAUGGAGACCGAGCAAGAAUCCGAUUCGGAACUAGCUGUGCAUUAUUUCUGGAAUUUCACAGUGCUCUCGACCAUUUGUAUGUUGUUAUAUGUCGCCAUUCACAUAUUUCUACAUAAAUCUAACAAGCUGCAAGGGUUGGAAUUUCAAGGACUUGAUUUACCCGACAGUUUUGGAGAAGUCAUCACAUGUGGCAUAUUGGUUCUUCAGUUGGAACGCGUAUAUUUCAUGGUUUCACACUUUGUGGAGGCUCGAUUACGAAGAGGAAGUGAUCAUGGGGUCAAAGCACAAGGUGAUGGAUGGGUGCUUACUGUAGCUUUGAUUGAGGGGACAAAUUUAGCUUUGACGAAUUCAACUGAAAUCCCGGAUCCUUAUGUUGUGUUUACUUGCAAUGGCAAGACAAGAACUAGCUCGGUCAAGCUCCAAACUCUUGAUCCUCAAUGGAAUGAGAUACUCGAGUUUGAUGCUGUUGAUGAGCCUCCUUCUGUAUUGGAUGUGGAGGUCUUUGACUUUGAUGGACCCUUUGACCAAGUUUCUUCCCUUGGGCAUGCGGAGAUCAAUUUUCUGAAGCACACUGCUUCAGAACUUGCCGAUCUGUGGGUCUCUCUGGAUGGUAAACUUGCUCAGUCCUCUCAGUCGAAACUGCACUUGAGAAUUUUCCUGGACAAUAAUAAUGGAGUGGAAACAAUUAGAGAUUAUCUGGCGAAUUUGGAGAAGGAGGUUGGAAAGAAGUUGAACCUACGCUCACCUCACAGGAAUUCAGCUUUCCAAAAAUAUUUUGGAUUGCCUCCUGAAGAAUUUCUCAUUAGUGAUUUCUCAUGCUCGUUGAAAAGAAAGAUGCCAUUGCAGGGUCGCCUUUUCCUUUCUGCUCGAAUAGUUGGAUUCUACGCGAACUUGUUUGGACACAAAACUAGAUUUUAUUUCCUGUGGGAAGACAUUGAAGAUAUUCAGGUGCAUCCACCUUCCCUAUCAACAGUUGGAAGUCCAUCAGUCUUGAUAAUUUUGCACAAGGGUCGAGGCCUCGAUGCCAGACAUGGAGCCAAGAUUUUAGACGAACAUGGCCGAUUGCAUUUUCACUUUCAUUCUUUUGUUUCCUUCAAUGAUGCUAGCAGGACAAUUAUGGCCUUGUGGAGAACAAGAACAAUAGAAGCAGAUCAGAAGGCUGAAUUUGCAGACGAGCAGGUGGACGAGGAGAAGCCUUUUCUAAUUGAAGACACUGGAUCGUAUCUGGUUGUUGACGAUGCAAAGUUGACCAAUGUUUAUACAGUCGAGCUGCCUCUGAAUCCCAAAUCAUUGAUGAAGAUGUUUGAUGGAGGAGAGUUGGAACACAAAGUGAUGAGCAAAUCUGGCUGUCUUAACUAUGUGACAACUACUUGGGACAAUGUGACGUCUGACAUACAAGAAAGACACGUUUCUUACAAGUUUAACCGGCGAAUCUCGAUCUUCGGAGGUGAUGUUACAUGCACACAGCAAAAAUCACCUUUACCGAAUAACAGUGGAUGGGUUAUAAAUGAGAUUAUGACCCUUCACAAUGUCCCGUUUGGCGAUCACUUCCGAGUUCAGUUCAGAUACCAAAUCGAAAAAUCGACAUUUGCGCACAAUUCAUGCAAGUUUGAUGUCCAUAUUGGGGUGAUGUGGCUGAGGAGUACUAAGUUUGAGUCCAGAAUCACAAAGAACAUUAUCGGGAAGUUUACGAAUCGGUUAGAGGAAAUACUGCAGCUGGUGGAAAGGGAGAUUCUGCUAACAAGCCAAUGA